UGAAGAUAAAGGGUACGUUGUAUAAACCAAAUUAAAUUGUAUUUCCUAAAAGAGCUAAUGUGAUUAAAUAUCAUAUCAAUUCUCACUGACGGUGCGCAGGACCUUCUGUAUAGUAAAGGCUACACAGGUGACCUCCAACUGAGAAUAUGGCCCAUGUUUGGUUAAUUUUGACCCUUUUUCUAAAGCUGCUGUUUGAGUCUUGUGAUGGAGAGAAGACCGACGACUCAAUUAAACUUGAUAUCCCAAGUCUUACCAGAAAAUAUCUACCGUGUACUGGAAACCUAACAUGUGUCAUAAUGUGUUCGGUGUCGAGUGUGGCACAAGCUCAGCUCUCAUGGUUCAACGGAAGCACUAUUUACACCAGCCUCAACAUUUCUGACAGCAACAACAAAGUAUUUAUUGGAGUGGAUUAUCAGGAUAAUAACAACUACAGCUGUGUGGUGUCCAGUUCAGGCGUCAAUCAGAGGACAAAUCUCAACAUUCACCGUCUCUGUCAGUCAUGUUCAGGCACAAACCUAACAAAAGUGGAUGUGAAUGAGGGGCAGUCUGUAACUUUACCCGCUCACUUUACCAAUGAUCAGGAUGAGGUACUGUGGUCAUAUGAAGGAAACACUCUCAUUGCUAGACUCAUCAAUGGUAGUGAAUCAUAUCAUGACUGUGAAGAUGGGAGAUUCAAAAACAGACUGCAGCUGGACAUCACGACUGGAUCUCUCGCCGUCCACAUCAUCAGAAAAAUUCACUCGGGACAGUUUAAUCUAAAAAUCAAUAAGAUUUCUGGCGACUUGGACUGCCAGAAUUAUAAAGUUACUGUCCAACAAACUCUUCACAAUGUUCAACUUCAAACUUAUCAAAAUGUGACGUGA